AUGGAGAAAAAAGCGAGAACCGCUGCUUCUAUAUCAGUCUGCUUGACGCUAGUGCCUUCCCUUUAUUUAUACUGUCUGAUUGAGCGGAGUGGGUCGCAAGUUUUAAAUAUGGCCGAAGGUGAUCGAAAGGAACCAAUAAAUGAGCAAGUAGUUGCGAAUAUGUACACUGCUAUGCGGUCUGAACUAAACCAAAUUUACUCCAAAAUAACUGAACUUGAGAUGGAUGCGAGUGAGCAUUCAUUGGUUGUCAACGCUAUCCAACCGCUUGACCAAUCCCGACGAUGCUACCGGAUGAUAGGAGGCGUGCUGGUGGAGAGAACUGUCAAGGAGGUCCUGCCUGCUGUUCAGCGCAAUAAAGAGGGAAUCGAGGAGGUGAUUGCGAGGCUUAAUGAGGCUGCUGAAAAGAAGAAAAAGGAAAUAGCCGAUUUUGAAGCUAAGUACAAGAUCAGGAUAAGAAAGUCUGAUGAGGUAAAGGACGAUGGUAGCAAGAAGGAGGGUUCUUCUCAAGGAGUUCUUGUGGGUCCUGCAGGUUCGAGUGAAUGA